UCAAUGUCCACAAAACACUCCCACUGUCAAAGUCUUAAUGUUAUAAAGUCACAAAUUCACAGAGAAAUUUUGGAACAAGUCGGUUUUGGGUACUUUCUGUUAUUGUGUUACUAUUUUCUAUAUGCGGUUUCUGUUGUAGUUUAAUAAUUUUAGGAUUUCCAUACUUACAAGUAACUACAGAAUGACUACAACAAUUUCGGUAUCUCUGUCAGGUCCUGCGUUAUCAUUUCUACUUUAUGAAAACGCAAAAUGUCGGUUUCAACAGGAGGGUUUUCUACUCGGAGAAAUUGUCCAUAAGGAAACAACAACUAUAACAGAUAAUGAUCAACGUCAACUGAACAUAAGCAAAACUGUGAAAAUCAAUUCUAUAAUGCCUUGUCCUCAUUCCCAUUAUUUUUAUGAUGGUGCGGGAAAAAUAAAUGGGGAGAAAAUAAUUGAAUUUCUAGGAAGUCAGUUCAAAAGAGUUGUAGCUUGGUACAAGUAUCGUGGUAUUGUCAAUACAAAAUUCACUCUCCGUGAUAAAAUUAUUCACAAGCAACUGAUUGACUUUUUCGGUAUUCCAUCCGAAACAUUUUCUUGUUGUCUACUAUCCAAUGAUGUUACAAGCAAUGCUGCUACCCACUCGUACACACAAUUUUUUCUAAGAUAUAACAAUGGAGGUUUUGAUAAACUACCAAUUCUCAUACCCAACCUUAGUGAUUCAAAUACUGGUUAUAAAAAUUCAGAACCUGCAUCUGAAACUUUCAAUAAAAUCCUGCGAGGUUUAAAAAUUGAUAAGAAAACUACGCAAGGUUUAAUUGCCAUAACUAAAAUCCAAAAUGCUCUACAAAAACAUAUAGAUGUUGUCGUAGAAAAUUUAUCAGAGUCUGAAAGAUAUUUAUUCGAAUUGGAGAAAGAAGUCAAAGAACUUCUAAUAUUGAAAAAAUUACAUGAAAGGAAUAACUCUGAUUCAAAGAGAACAAACGAUGAAUCUAGUUUCAUAAAAUGUUUAGAAUGUCCAGCAACAAAUUACAUUCCUUUAAAUUCGAUCGAUACCACCCCUGAAACUUCCCCAGAACUUGAAAAGAAAAAUGUCAGUAAAACUACUAGUAUCUCAGGAAAAGGGAGAAAACGAGGUAGGGAGCUAAUAGGAGAUUCUAAAGAACCAAGAAAUUCAAAGAUGGACGAGAGAGAAACAGAAGAGGUGUAAAUCCUAAAUUACAAUAUUUUUUAAACCAAUACUGCAAGAAGUGAUAGUGAUAUAAUAUAUUCGGCAGCAUUGAGAGAUAUUAUGAGAUCCUUCAAUUUAAACCAUGCAAUCGACCUGAAAACUGUGGUACUAAGGUACUAAGUUUAUAAGAGUAAUUAUUUACUAGCCUAAUAAGUGAUUCAGUGAUUUAUACAAAUAAGUAAAUAUUAGGUAUCCUUAUGCAAAAUUACUACGAAAUUGUUUUAUGACAACAGUUCUCUCAUGCUCACUGUACAUAAAUUCUAGAGAAUAGUAUAAGUAAAUUAUAUUCUAACCACAAUGCGUUCACAAUAAUCAAGCUUCAAUUAUUUCGCCCUACAUAUUUGCUAUAAGCUGAUUCAUACACGAAACUUUUAUAUUGUAUGUACUUUCAUUUUAAGAAAGUUGUGACAAUGUAAAUCAAUGAGAGCAGUCAUACACCACACUUCAAAGUAAACGUGUGGUGUAUGAGCACUCCCAUUGAUUUACAUAGUGAUAAGUUUUUUAAGUAAAAUAUUGAGUGUUUGUAAGAAUUUUAUGUCUUACUUCCAGAUUAAAUAUGUUCGAAAUUUCAUGCUCUUAUUUCAAAUUACUACUGAUGCUUAGAAAAAUGUGAAGUUAAUUUAUUUGCAGUUUAAUUAUAAUGUCACCAUCUUCAGCUCAACUCAUACAAAUUAGUAGUUUAGUAAGUGUACAGCAUAAGAGUUAUAUAUUUAGGUAAUGAAGACUGAUCAAAAUUAUGAAGUUUUCGCCAUUACUUUUUUCAUUAAAAAAAAUAUGAGUGGCUUUGAGGCCGAAGGUAGUAUUUGUGAAUUCAGUAUCACUUCUGAAAGUCAUGUGUUGAAAUAUAAAAUACAGAUUAUAUUGUAAUAUAUUUUUUAUUAUCAUUUUCAAUAUACCUUAAAGAAUUUUCAUAUUUUUGUCUAUUCUUUGAAACAACAAAUCCUGCCUUCUUUUAUAUGAAACUUAGUUAACUUCUUAUUUUGUAAAUUGCUGUUUUUGUUUUAAUAAUUAUAUGAGUUACCAAAGAAAA